AUAUUAGCUGGGCAAGCUUCCAUUUUUGGACCCCUACGGGUCCGGGAGAGGCAACACACUGGGAAGCUAAGGCAGGAUCAAGUCGACUUCCGUAUAUCCUUCAGCCUUGACUUGUUCCCACUUCUAUGAGGCUUUUCUAUUAUAGCGGGAGAUUUUAUUUAGAGAAAUUAUAAGGUUAAUCUCAUUCUUUAAAUUUGGCCUGUCACAUACUAAGAAAUAUAAAAUUUUCUAAUUAGGAUGCAGCAGUAGAAUAAUAAAAAGGAGGGAAAUGAAGGGGAGAGUGAGGACAUAGUUUGGCGGGAAGAAGAAAGAGAAGAAUGGAGGAGUCAGAGGGAAUGGCAAUGGAUUCGGAUGCCCCCGAUCUGGUCUGCCAGCUCGACAACGUUCAAGGUAUGGUCGACGCCCUCACCGCCGUCAGAUGGAAACGCCAACAGGAUGCGGUGAUCGAAUUAUCUGAGCACGGCAUUGUUUUGAUCGUAGAGGAAACAAAUUGUCUUCAGGCCAAGGUUUAUCUACAGCGCGAGCUUUUCAUUCGUUACGAGUAUGGCGCCCAAGGCCGACCUCGAUUUGGAGUGAGUUUGGGGUUGUUUGUCGAUUGCUUGAACACUUUUUCUGUUCCUGGGCAUUCAAGUACAAUCGAAAUUCGAUAUCCUGGACCCGACAUGCAGCUUCUUCUUAAGUCUGUUGAUUCACUAGACUCAGGCAUUUAUGCAGAGAUCAGGACGAGGAUACCAGAGACAAUAUCAUGGGAUUACAAUUUUGAACCUACAGGGAGCACACCACUCACGUUUACUGUUAAGACUGCAGCUUUGAAGGAAGCAGUCGAUGAUCUUGAGUGGCCUGGAGCAAGCAUCCAGAUCACACUACAACCAUCUCCGCCUUGUGUUACCUUCAGAAGCGAUGGGCAUGGAGAUUUGCAGAUAGACUUCAUGUAUUAUGCAAAUGCCGAUCUUUUAAUGGCAUUUCAUUGUGAUCAUCAAGUGUCUUACAGGUACAAAUACAAGUUCCUUCGAGCCACAACUUCGAACAUACCAGGCAGUGUUGUCAGAGAAAAUCGAGGAAGCAAGUUGACUAUUGGCCGAGGUGGAUUGCUUAAAGUUCAGCACCUAGUUUCUGUGGCAAGAGCAUCAACUGCACAUCCACACGUUGAUUCUGCAGGUUAUCAGCAACCAAGCCGAAUUGCAUAUAUUGAAUUUUUCGUGAAACCAGAGGAAGAUGAAGACAGCUGAUGGUUCGUAUCAUCAUGUUGUAAGAUAUUCAUUAAAAAAGUUAGAAUGAGUUGCUAACUAUGGAGUCUCUCACACUAUCCGAUCUUUUUUAAUCCUCUUCUCGUGCGUGUCUUAUAGAUGUUUGCACAAUCCACAAAUGAAAUCAAAAUGCAAUUAGUUUUAUAGUUGAGGUGACUUUCAUUGUUCAUCAUCAUCAUCAUCAUCAUCUUUGUUUUCUCUAAACCAAAGCAUAAAAGAGGGAAAGAGCAGUUUAUUUUUAUUAAGGAAA